AUGGAGAACGUAUCCAUCAUAGUCAGCUUUGAGCUGACAAUGGAUCCGUUUUGCAUCCCUUCAGGAGCCAAAUAUCCCAUAUUUUUCAUCGGCAUCUUCAUGUACUUACUUAGCAUUAUAUGCAAUCUGACUCUGUUGCUUCUCAUUGUGUUGCAACAAAGUCUCCACAAGCCCAUGUAUUUUAUUCUUUUCAACCUUCCCCUAAAUGAUCUUGUUGGCAUCACAUCCGUGUUCCCCAAGGUUCUGUCUGAUAUUGUAACAGAAACCAGUUACACAUACUAUCCUCUCUGUGUGUUUCAGGGUUUCCUGCUUCACAUGUAUGGGGGUGGUGUAUUGUUUAUUCUUGCUGCAAUGGCUUUUGAUCGAUACGUUGCCAUUUGCAUGCCGCUGCGAUACAAUGCUAUCAUGACACCCAAGGUUGCAGUGGGAAUUGUUGCUUUAGUGUGGGGUCUCGACUUUUUUUUCAUCGUCUUGUUGUUCUCCUUGCAAAGCAAGCAUCCCAGAUGCAAAUCCCGCAUUCUGAACGUGUUUUGUGAUAACCCCUCUCUCCUCAAGCUCACGUGCAGCAACACCACAGUCAAUAACAUUGUAGGAUUGUUCAUCACUGCCGUAAUGCAGGUUGUUAGUGUUUCUAUUCAAGUUUUUUCCUAUGUUCAGAUUUUGAUCAUCUGCUUGGUCACAAGUCGGUCUGAAGCGAAAAGCAAGGCCAUCAAUACCUGUCUUGCUCAACUGGCUAUUUUCAUUACAUAUGAAAUUGUUGGAACUUUCACUAUCCUAUCACACAGGUUCGCAAAUGUUAAUGCAGAUAUGCAAAAGAUUAUAGGGAUGCUCAUUUUUUUAGUGCCUCCACUUGUUAAUCCAAUUGUUUACGGAUUGAACAGCUAUGAAGUACGACAAAAUCUCCUAAAAGUCUUUAAAAGAAAAAUAUCUGUGUAG